AUGGCGCCCCGAGUCGCUGCCAUCUCCUUCUCCUUCCUCCGACCAACGCCAUCAGUAACACGCCUCCAGCAACCGUGUUUCAACAUACGCAUACGCGCCAGCUCUACAGUUGGCACCAGCGCCGAAGGUGGCGCCAUCAACAUCCAACAAGUGCCCGCUCCAGGGUCUGGCUACGUUAGAGUGCUAUUGCUGAACAGACCCAAAGCGCGGAAUGCGAUCUCCAAAGAGUUGCUGAAUACGUUGCGUUUCCACGUCGAUGCGAUCUCCGCAGAGCAGGGAAAUGGUCCAACGAGGGCCUUGGUGAUUGCUAGCAAUGUGGACUCGGCAUUCUGCGCUGGGGCAGAUUUGAAGGAGCGGAAGGGUAUGACCAAAGAAGAGACAAACGCCUUUCUCACCAAACUUCGAGGCACAUUUGCUAAACUUGAGACAUUACCUGUUCCUACGAUAUCCGCAAUCUCAUCGGUGGCUCUAGGGGGUGGAUUGGAACUUGCCCUGUGCACACAUCUACGUGUCUUUGGAUCGUCAAGCGUCGUUGGCUUGCCCGAGACCAGACUUGCUAUCAUUCCUGGAGCGGGGGGUACUUACCGGCUGCCUAAAUUGAUUGGCGCUAGCCGUGCCCGAGAUCUUAUUCUCACCGGUAGAAAAGUUUCUGGCGCUGAGGCGUAUUUUGUUGGACUUUGUAAUCGCUUAGUCGAGGUGACGCCCGAAGAGGAGGCGCAAGAAGGUGUUGCCCGAACCAAGGUGCUCCACGAGGGCAUCAAACUCGGUCUUGAUAUUUGUGAAGGUGGCCCGAUUGCUAUUAAGCAGGCCAUGCAGGCAGUUGACCAGUUUGAGAAAGGCGAAGAAGCUGAGAAUGCCGCGUAUGCAGGCGUAGUUGAGACGGAAGACCGCCUCGAGGCACUACGGGCGUUUGCAGAGAAGAGGAAGCCGGUGUACCGCGGGCGGUAG